AUGAGCGAGAGAUUGAUGCCGAAUAUUGACGAGAUGGAAGUCGACAGUACUAGCAUCGCUAAAUUAUCGUUAUCCGAUAGCCAGAUGACUGUUUCCCACAACAUGGUCGAGACUAUUCCCAAGGCCUCAUGGCAAGCAAAGGCCCAUGCCUUCAUUCGGUGGAUGUGUACACCAUUGGGAGCUUGCAUUACAAUUUAUGCGCCCGCAAUGUGUCAUCCAAGUUGCGAUAGCCUUGACUCAUCACGGCGCAUUUGGAUUGAGAUUGAUUCCCAAAUACUGAAUGCCUUAUUCUGUGUCACUGGAUUUGGGUUAGCACCGUGGCGUAUCCGUGACCUUUACCAAUGGUUCUUCUGGCGAUUGGGCUGGUCGGAAGCUAGCCGACGGAAAGGGUUCACCCGCCUGGCGGAGAUUCAUAAGAACUGGUUCCUGAAAUCUCAAGAGUCAAGUGUGCUUCCUAUCAACACGCAGCACAAGUACCCAGCGGCUGAACAGGCCACGCCCACCCCGUUGUGGAAAAUGGAUGUUGUAGUGUGGGGCAAUAUCCUCAAUACAGUCUUUCAGGUUUGCUUGGCUGUUUGCAUGUGGGCAAUGAAUCGUUUUGAGCGGCCUAGUUGGACAACUGGUCUCUUUGUCGGUCUUGCUUGUGUUGUUGCCGGUGUUGCUGGUAUUUUGAUGUGGUUGGAGAAGAAACGCGUGAAGAAAGCUAGCGAGCAUCCCGGUGCUCUUCUUUUGAUCCCUCGGGCUACGCACCCAAUUAUACCAGGGGGAAAGAGCGGUGAUUAUACCUCUAUAAAGCCGGAAUUAUGA